CCAGUUCACCGACAACAGAGUUGCACAACAGUUCAGCAGCGGCAAAGUAAAAAUUACAUUUUGUUAAUUAAACUGCUUUUAUAAUGCUGCGAGCGGGAUGCCAGCUGCUGACGCAGUCCACCCUGCCCACCGGGAAGACGGUCGGAAAUAGUUUCGCCCUCGAGUUCGUCCGCUGGCGCAGGAAACCGCGAUGGCUGCCGGUGGCCAAGAGCAAGAUGUUCCGCGUGCCUGAACGCAAGAAGCAGUCGGAGGAGGAGCGCACGGAGCUCAUGAGGCUACACAACCAGUACAAAACGCAGCUUCGCUCAGUGCGUCAGUUUCUAAGGGAGGAAGUCGUCCGCCACGAGGAAACAUCCACAGCAGAUCACAUCGUGCUCACUCCCGAGCAGGAGGAGGCCGAGUUCCAGAAAUGCCUGGAUGCCAAUGCUGCCUGGAACGCUGCCAUAGCCAAGGAGCGUGAUCAGCGAUUGGCCAAGAAGCGUGAGGAAAAGGUGGCCUAUAUUCAGGAGCGAUUGGAGGCACAACAGCUGCGCGAGGAGGAGCGCAAGGAGCAGGCCAACCAGCGGGUGCUGCUCGAGAUUGAGCGUUCCAAGAACUAUAUCACUAGGGAAAACUUGGAUGCAGCCAUUGAGACAGCGUUGGCCAAUCCCGUGGACCACAAUUUCGCCAUCGAUAUGGCCGGUAAUCUUUACCACGGACGAAGCACCUCUCAGCUCCCGGACGCCACUCCCGAACCCAACCAGCAAGUUUUGAGUAAUUAAUUAAUGCAGUGUCUUAGUUUGUUGUUACAUUAAAAUGCUUUUUAUAGGUUUCUAACCAAAGUUG